UUCCACACAACUCAUAAAUUAACUUUCCAAGAGUCCCUAAAACAUAAAUCAAAUUCCCAAAAAACGAAAACUAUUUUCUCUUUGAAGUCUUGUUCUAGCCUUUCCACUCUCCAAAAACAAAAAUCCAAUCCUUAUAAAUAGACUAGAAAAAUUAAAAAAAAAAAAAAACCAUUGCUUAAAUCCACUUUCCAUAUUCCGAAACAUACUGAAAAACCCUUUCUUUGUAACGUCGAAGCAUUAGUCGAGGAAAGUUCUUUUACGGCAGAAUCGUGCUUAUCCGCCAAGUUUGUACUUUGAAGAAAAUAUCUGGGGUUGAUCAAAGAAGUUAAAUCCUUCAUCUAACUUACAAUUUUCGGCCAUAAUGGAGGAUAUGGUCAAGACUGCUAGACUCUACUACAGUAAAAGCUCACCAGACAUCAAACAAGCAGCACACAAUUUUUUCACUUCACUCGAUAACAACAACGACGGGAAGGUGAGUCUCCAUGAAUUUCUAUGGUUUAUGCGGCAGAAAGGCCACACGAAAAUGAGCAAUUGCCAUUUUCGUAGUGGGUGCGAUAAGUUUAUUCCGGGAAUGUAUUUCGCUUGCAAAAAAUGCUUCGAAAAUGGCCACAACUCGUUUUGCGUAUGUCCAAAGUGUUUCGAAGAAGAACUUUUUCUUCAUGAGCAUGUCCAGUUCUUGGAUAACUAUGCUUUGUUGGAGGCCAGGAGAAUGCAAGGGAUUGCUACUUAUUCGAACCAGCACAAGCCAAGCUCAUCUGUUACCAUUACUGAACUUGAUCCAACAUCCACAACAAAUGCUGUUGUUCGUUAUGAACGACCCAAACCAAAAUUGGGGCAUUUUGCGUACAAAGCGGCUGAAAUAGGGUUGAACGUGUUUAACACUGCAUUGAACGCAUCUUCAUGGCUCAGCUGUACCAUUAUGUGACAAGAAGUGCCGGGUGUUAGAAUGGUAAACUUGAUUGGAGCAUAGAUGAGUUCGGAGUCAUUCGAAAUACUCAAAUCUAAAGAAUUAAUGUAUCACAGAACUCACGUGUAUGGGACAAAUUCGGAUUCUUCGGUAUCCAAUUAUUUGCAUUCCGAGGAAUUAUUUUUAUUUGAGAGAAGACAUCGACUCCACCACCGAAGCCAUUCACUCAGUGCCAAAGUUUAUUGUCUUCAACCUCGAUAAUUUGAACUUUUAAGACUGUUUGGAUUUUGC